AAAGUUUUCGUGAUACAAAAAAAUAUUUCCUUAUUGCAAAAUUAUAUGUCAGAAAUUUGCUGAACCCCCCCCCCCCCCCCUUUUCUCUGUCAUCACAAUGUGUCACAAAAUCCUAGACCUCUUCCCCAUAAAUCUCGAACGUCGUAAAUGAACAACCACUAAGGGUUCAUUUUAAAGAAAAUAAUUCCAUUUCCUUUCCCUAAGCUUGUCCAAAAAGUUCAUAGCCACAUCCCUCCCGUAAAUAAUAUGACCCUGCUUGAUAUUGUGUUUAAAAAGUUGCAAUCCUCAUUGAAUUUUAUCACGGCUAUUUGUUUACUUCUGUAAGUGGCAAUCAAGUGACAUUCAUUAAUUUGUAACUAAAUGAUUUGCUAUAAUUGGCACUUACAAAUAAAUUUCUUUUAAAAUAUCAGUGAAGUGCUUUAGAUUGCUUCGCUUACCGUGUAUUUAUCAAUAAUCAGAUGCAACGCAUGUGAUAAAUCCUAUAAACUUAACGAGACUACGCGUUACUUCUGUAUAUUCCUACAGUAUUCAUUUAAGUUUAUUCUUUAUUAGUCCAUUGUUAGCGCUUAAUUGAACUAAAAUACGAUAAAAGUGACAAAGCCAUUUUAAUAAGAAGUGAUUUAUUAACAAGAUUCUCAUAAUUUUUAAGUCAAUCAAAAAAGAAGGCAAAUUAUUAAAAUAAGGCAUAUAAAAAUCACUGUGAUUUCCAUUCAAUUUUUAAUACAGAAAAAGAUCUCGUCCAUAUAGUUCAUAUGCUGAUUAAAAAUUACAAAAAGGUGUAUAAAAAAUUAAUUUUUAUUGCUUAAAAAUUUAAUUAUGAAUUACGAUGCAGUUUUAGAUGAAAUUGGCAGUUUUGGAAAGUUUCAAGUGAAAAUUUUAUUAUGGAUAUGCUUUCCAGUACUUUAUGGAGCAGCAAAUGCUGUAUCAUAUGUUUUUAUUGCUCGAACGCCGCCUUAUAGAUGCUUUGUUGAUCAAUGUGAACAGUUUGAUAGUGCAAAAUAUAAUCAAGAUUGGCUACAGUAUGCGGUGCCGGGUUCAAUAUCAAAUGGACAAUUCGUACCUGAAGGAUGUUACAAAUACAAUUUCAAUGAUACAGGAUUAAUUGGAAAUAAUACUUGCGUCGCUGAUUUGUUUAGUAAACAGAGACAAAAGUGCGAUAGCUGGAUAUUUGAUGAAAAUGAAGUUACAAUGAUAAAUGAUUGGCCCAGCGAAAUGACAUGCACAGAAAAUGAAUGGAAGCUCGCACUUAUUGGAACUGCGAAUUUCGCUGGCGUGAUGCUUGGAUCCGCAAUAUUUGGGUUUCUCGCUGAUAUGUAUGGACGUCGAACGGUUUUCAUCGGUUCAUUAGCUUUUAUGUCAUUAACUGGAAUUGGCCAGGCAGUGUCGAAUUCUUACAUGAUGCUGCUCAUAUUUACACUUCUAAAUGCUGCAGGAACAGCUGGAAUAUACUUUUCUGUAUUCGUAUUAAUAAUUGAAAUGCUGCAUAAAAGUAAGCGCGAGAUGUCUUCAGUCUUGCUUAAUUAUUUCUUUGCUAUUGGUGGAGCCUUAGUUGGGAUAACUGCAUAUUUUGAAAGAAAUUGGAGAAAUUUGACAUUGUGGAUAGCAGCUCCACCUAUUAUUUUUGUAGUCGAUUACUGGCUCAUUCCUGAAUCUGCAUGCUGGCUGAUUGCUAAUAAAUACUACAGCAAAGCAUUUAAAAUAAUUCAAAAAGCAGCCAAAGACAAUAAGAAAGAACUUUCAUCAAGUAUCGUGAGUCAAUUUAAAGGAACGAAUAUUGACAUUAAUAUAUCUUCAGACUCAAUAAGCCAAUUAUCACAGUCUGAAAACAGUUUUAAAACAAAUUACGUUGCUAUUUUAAAAUCUAGAAAAUUAGUGCUUCGAAUUCUUGCUUUAUUUUUCAUAUGGGGAACUAAUUCACUCGUGUUUUAUGGACUUUCACUUUACUCCGUCAGUUUGAGUGGAAACAUUUAUUUAAACUUUAUGUAUGUAAGUUUGGCUGAGAUUCCUGGAAUCACAAUUGCUUGGCUUUCAAUGAAUAAAAUUGGCCGGAGAAGUCCAUUAAUACUGUCAUUAAUGGUUUGUGGCAUUUGUAGUUUUAUUGGAGCAGCUGUCAGCGAAGAGCUAGGAUGGCUUAAAAUUUCUAUGUUUCUGAUCAGUAAAAUGGCAAUUUCAACAUCUUUUACGAUCACUUCUGUUUAUACGGCUGAAAUGAUGCCCACAAACAUCCGUAGUGGCUGUGUUGGUACCUUUUCAACAGUCGCACGUCUUACAUCGCUUCUAGCUCCAUUUAUUCCACUUCUUAAGAACUUCCACGACUCUCUGCCAUUGUCCGUUUUUGGAACAUUUUCAUUAGCGUCUGGACUGAUGUCAAUGCUACUUCCCGAGACUCUAGGAUCAAAUUUACCAGAUACUGUUCAAGAGGCUGAAAAUAUUGGGACGUGAUGCUGUUACUUAUUUUUUAAUGACUUUUUUAUUGUAUUUAUUAAGUUGUAUUUGUACCCGCACAACAAUUAAACACACCCUAAAUGUCGUACGAUUUUUUAAGUGACAAAAAUAAAAAUAUUUGAUCACAUUUUAUCAAUUUGUUGUUUUGUACGCAUUGAUUGGCUUUAUUGUUCCAAUUAAUUUAAUUCCUUUUGAUUUGUGUACCAAUAAAAUAAUAAAAAAUCUAGAUUUUGUCAUUAAACAUAAAACAGUUAGUGUCGGGUCUGCUUUGAUAGUGGAAAGCCUUGUUUUCAAAUAAUAAAUAAACAGAUUUAAUAUUAUCAGUGAAUAAGUUUAUUUUUAGCAACAAGCGUAUUUCACAUUGAGUAGGUAGGAUUUAAAAAAUGGUUAUUUUUAACUUUUGUCGGGAAAUUAAAACAAAAUAAUAAAUUAAACUGUGCUACAUUUUUCGUUGAGACUAUUUGGCACUUAAGUCUGCUUGACAUCGAUUUUCAUGUGCUAAUUUGAUGAGUGUUUAAAAAUGAAUCUUUUGAUACUCAAAGACCCAAAAAAAUAUCCUAGAAUUUUUUUAGAAUAUCACACAGAUGUAGAUACCUGCAUUCUAAUUGCUUUGCAUCAUUAAUUAAAAUACUUUAUGUAAUGGUCACUAAAUUCAUUGAGUCAUCAACAAAAUAUUCAACUUCUUCUUUUUCAAAGAACUCGCAAGUUGACCUUCGAAGCUACCUCAAAAAGCUAUCAAAUUAACAUCCAAUAAUUCCUACGCACUUAAAUUUAACACAAUCAUCCUAAUAACUUUAUAAUCUUCAAGCUUAAUUAGUAAAUUUUCUUCAAAUUAUUGUAUCGCUUAAGGCAUAAUCUUAGAGACUGAAC